UCAAGAUGCCUUCUCCUCCGCUGGACCCGGGCAAAAGAAAUUCAAUUUUGUCUUCGCCUUCAUGUCAGCACCAUUAAUAAACCACUAGCAGCUUCCACCCCAAUCUGCAUUUCUUGUUCCAUCCUAAUCCAUGGCACCCAUCUCUUCUUUCCUUCUAAAUCUAAUCACAUAUUCAAAUGUUCUCACAUAUCUACUUCCUGCUCUCGCUGCUUUCUUUGCCAUUUUUUGGUUAUACACAAAAUCAAAGACCAACUCACCACAGCUACCUCCAGGACCUGUGGGUCUUCCCUUACUUGGGAGCCUGCCCUUCCUGGACCCGGAGCUCCACUCCUACUUCGCCACUCUCGCCCAAACUUACGGCCCAAUUUACAAGCUCCGACUCGGAUCUAAGCUCGGCAUAGUAAUAUCCUCCCCCUCGUUGGCCAGUGAAGUGCUUAAAGCCAAUGACAUCACGUUCGCUAACCGUGACGUGCCCGAUGUGGCUCGGUCAGCGGCGUAUGGCGGGAAGGAUAUUGUGUGGACUCCGUACGGACCCGAGUGGAGGAUGCUGAGGAAGGUGUGCGUGAUCAAGAUGCUUAGUAACACCACUUUGGAUUCCUUCUACUCGCUCCGUCGCCGGGAGCUCAGAGAAACUGUGGGUUUUCUUUAUAGUCGGGCAGGGUCGCCCGUCAAUUUUGGGGAGCAAAUGUUUUUGACCAUACUUAAUGUGAUUACGAGUAUGAUGUGGGGAGGCACGAUCAAGGGUGAACAGAGGACGAGCCUUUGUGCGGAGUUCCGGCAGAAGGUCUCGGAGAUGACUGAACUACUGGGUAAGCCCAAUCUUUCUGACUUUCUCCCCGGGUUGGCCCAGUUAGAUUUGCAAGGCCUCCAAAAGAAGAUGGAAAUUUUGGUCAAAAAUUUUGAUCGGAUCUUUGAUUCCAUGAUUGAUCGACGGAUUAAGAUUGAUAAAGAAGGUGAGGGCGGUGAAGAGAAUAAGGACUUCUUACAGUUCUUGUUGAAGUUGAAGGACGAAGAAGAUGCCAAGCCACCUCUCACUAUGCUGCACCUGAAAGCAUUACUCAUGGAUAUGAUUGUGGGUGGGACUGAUACGUCUUCCAAUUCAAUUGAGUUUGCAAUGGCUGAAAUUCUGAACAAGCCAGAGGUGAUGAGGAAAGUUCAGCGAGAACUGGAUGAAGUGGUUGGCACAGAUACCAUUGUAGAAGAGUCCCACAUUCAUAAACUACCAUACCUGUACGCAGUGAUGAAAGAAAACCUACGGUUGCACCCAGCGCUGCCGCUACUAGUCCCCCACUGCCCGAGCGAAACGUGCACAAUUGGAGGGUACGCGGUGCCAAAGGGUUGUCGCGUCUUUGUUAAUGUGUGGGCAGUACACAGAGACCCGUCGAUUUGGGAAAAUCCAUUGGAGUUUAAUCCGGAAAGGUUCUUGGAUAGUAAAUGGGAUUACAGUGGGAAUGACUUGAAUUAUUUCCCAUUUGGGUCUGGCAGGAGAAUUUGUGCUGGUAUAGCAAUGGCUGAGAGGAUGUUCAUGUAUUCGCUUGCGACGCUUUUACACUCUUUUGAUUGGGAAGUGCCACAAGGAAAGAAGUUGGAUCUCACUGAGAAGUUUGGUAUUGUCAUGAAGUUGAAGAAUCCUCUUGUUGCAAUCCCCACACCCAAGCUAUCCGAUCCAGCAAUGUAUGCAUAAACCAUAUGAUGAUGUCUCUUAGUUGUUCUUUUACAAGGUGUACAAUAAUUUUCUUUCACAGAAAGAAAAGUAUGGAAUCGUUCUGCAGUUGAUGAAUCAUCGUUUUGCAAUCCAAACAACAAUGGUAUCUGAUCCUACACUUUACGACUAGGCCGGAGGAUGUACGAAUAGUUUCUUGGGGAUAUGAUGGCUGUUAUCUACUACGUUUUCGCUUUUCAUGCUGCAAUGAGACGACCAGUGUAUCUUAAGCUUGAAUAUAUAUACCCUUCUAUACUUUAUACAGUGUGUGGUAUUUUUGUUACAAGGUGCAAGUUACAGUACUGUUUGAA